CAACACAUACUCUGUUUUUCACAGCAACUCGACAAUGUCUUCCACAAAACCAAUCUCGCUCAUUGUUUCCAUCACUUUCAUCUUCUUUCUCCAAUCCUCAUCGGCACAAACCGUCGUGAAAGCUUCGUACUGGUUUCCCGCGAGUGAAUAUCCGGUCACCGACAUUGACUCAUCUCUCUUCACUCACCUCUUCUGCGCUUUCGCUGAUCUCAACCCUCAAACCAAUCAAGUCACUGUAGCUUCCACGAGCCAAACGAAAUUCUCCACCUUUACACAAACAGUGCAACGGAGAAACCCUUCUGUGAAAACCCUCUUGUCAAUCGGCGGUGGAGCCGCUGAUAAAACCGCGUUUGCGUCCAUGGCGAGUAACCCCACUUCUCGAAAAUCGUUCAUUGAUUCUUCGAUUAGACUCGCUAGAUCGUAUGGAUUCCACGGUCUUGAUCUAGACUGGGAGUAUCCAAGCAGUGCUACGGAAAUGAGCAAUUUCGGGACUUUACUUCGAGAAUGGCGUUCAGCGGUUGUGGCAGAGGCGACUAGUAGCGGUAGACCGCGUUUGCUGUUGGCGGCUGCGGUUUUCUACUCCAACAAUUAUUAUUCGGUACUCUACCCGGUUCAAGCCGUUGCCAACAGCUUGGAUUGGGUUAAUCUUAUGGCUUAUGAUUUCUAUGGACCGGGUUGGUCUAGAGUCACCGGUCCACCUGCCGCUCUUUAUGAUCCUUCAAACGCAGGUCCAAGCGGUGACGCCGGAAUAAGGUCGUGGACUCAAGCUGGACUUCCGGCGAAGAAAGCGGUCUUGGGCUUUCCAUACUAUGGCUACGCGUGGCGUCUCUCCAACGCCAACAGUCAUAGCUACUACGCGGCUACAACCGGAGCGGCGAUAUCACCGGACGGUUCGAUAGGCUACGGUCAGAUAAGGAAGUUCAUAGUGGAUAACGGAGCAUCAACGGUUUAUAACUCCACGGUGGUCGGAGAUUACUGUUACGCCGGGACGACUUGGAUCGGGUAUGACGAUAAUCAGAGUAUUGUGACGAAAGUGAGAUACGCUAAGCAGAGAGAUUUGCUUGGUUACUUCUCGUGGCAUGUUGGAGCUGACGACAAUUCUGGUCUAUCUCGUGCAGCGUCACGGGCAUGGGAUGCAACGGCUGCAACCGCCAUAAUUAUACAAAAGGUUUAAGGUUUCUACUGUUCUGACAACGGCAAGUGAAGAUGUUUGGUUUUUCAAUGACUAGACAAAAAUCAACGUUAUUCACUUUAUAUAUUGUCAAGGAAAAGGGGGAAUAUAAUAAGACAGUAAAGAUAAUAAAAGCAAGAAGCAAUAAGUUUAGUAAUCACAUAAUGCUUCUUUUACUAAAUAGCAAAUCGUUCUUAGUUUGUAAGUGUUACACGAUUCAAAUACAACCCAAGGCUAUUUAAAAAUAUUUUUUUA